GCCGAGGAGGUCAUGAGGCUGUCUUACUUAAAAAUACAAUCUAUUUUAUGGGCGGUUCUCGUGCAAUUCCAAAUGCAAGUCCAUUCAUUAGUUCUAUACGAGGUUAUAAUUUGUCGAAUGAAAUUUUUUACUUGGAUCUUACAUCACCAUUCUCUACGGCUAGUCCACCGUACGUAGACCUUAGUGGGACUGCCGCGCGAUUGCGAUAUGGAAAUGAAAAAGGAACUGCAUUAGUUGGUGGACCUUCUAAUGAUGAAAUACUGCUUGUUGGAGGUGUACAACAAAAUCUCACCCUACUUGAUCAGAUAGAUCGCAAUUCAACAAUAACUUCAAAUCAGACAUUAAUGAUAAAUGAAUUUUUUAAAACUUGGGAUUCAACAAAUCAAACAAUUUUUAUUUACCGGCCAACUGCACGAAUUUGGAUGAAUCCUGAGUCUGCCGCGAGAAUUGGUGCACCAACAAUUAGACGUAGUAAUGUUCCUACACCACGAAGUCAUAGCGCAGCAGUGUUACUUCCAGACG